UGUCGAUGCAACGACGCACAUUUGCAAGCAUGCUGCAAUUGCAACUCCACACAAUCAGCUGUUGUUGUUUACAUUUUACUCGCUUAAUUACAUAUUUGCUAAUUGGAGAAAUAUGCCAGUUAAGAGCUUUAAACUACUUUUAACUUAAAUUCUUUGCAGCUUUGCACCACUUUUCGUUGUCAAGGGUCUGGGGUCUAACAGCGUUGCAAUAAAUUGUUCAGGGCAAGUUAUUGUUGCAAGCUAUUGCACUUUUUCAAAGUUGCAACGCCAAAUUGGCACCUAUUUUGCUACAUUUUACAUACAUUAGUGCUUAGCCUAAGGCAGCGGCUGUUUAAUGGCAUCAACAAGCAAAAGUAGGUUAAAUAGUUAUUGUUUUAUAAAAUAAACCGGUUUUUAUUUAAUUCACUGCAGUGGAUGAUAAAUUGAGUACGAAACGCAAACGAAAGACUGAGCCAAAGAAGUGGUCCGAAAGGGAAGUCAAUGAUAUUUUGAAUUAUAUGCGAGUGCACAGAAAUAUUGAGAAAACUGAUAGACGAAAGCAAGUUAGACGCGACCUGGAACUUGGUUCGUUUCAAAGUAAAGGGCGGCUGGCAAAAGGCAGAUGCGCACAGAAAGUCCAUUAUGGCUGGAGAGGAGGAUGGCGACGAGAUCGAUGAUACAACCUUACGAGCAAAAUUGGUAAGGUUGUGCCCCCACUACGAAAAACUGAGUGACAUUUUUUCGGUCCGCAAGGAAAUGGAGGUGGUUGGGCGUGAGUCUCUGGAAUCUCGGAGCAGUCUAGACAUGUUGCAUUGCGAGGACGAGUCGACAACCGAACCCCUGUUCACAUCUGGGAUCGAAGACUUAUCGCAGGUGGCAUCAAUGGAUGCAAACAGAAGGAAGUUUCAAGAAGAUCGCCUUUGGGUUGAGAGGGAGACUCUCAAAUUGCAACAGGAACAGUUUUUGUGGGCCAAAGAAGUGGAGGAACGCAAGAUGAGAUUAGAGGAACAGCAGUUUAAGUUGGAGGAACGCCGAAUUGCAUUGGAAGAGCAGCGACGAGAAGCUGAUUUCCAGCUAAAACAGCUAGAACUUGAACUUAAAUAUUUUUUUUCCUUAAAGGCUUUUCAUUGAGGAUUUUAAAAAAUAAAAAUUAAAAUAAUAUUAUUAAAUAGAAUAUUUAGGUACACUAUUAAUACAUGUACACUAUAUACUUCUUUUGAAAAACUA